AUGACCGCGUAUAGCCAGUCAUCAUUGAACAGGGUUGUCCAUCGCGGACCGCUUACUCUCGGCCAUCAUUACGACGACGUAUAAAAAAUAGAUUUAGCCUUUAACGCAAAUGACGUCACGCCCUAUGUCCCCUCCUUCAAGAUAUUUACAAACAUACACGUCCAUGCCGUCAGCAAGUUUCCUUAAAAGAGAGAGAGUCGGGUUUCUAGGUGGGAUAAAUCUGUGCAUGUUCCGUAAAUAGACUUCCGGUAAGACUUGUAUGGUCACGUGACAUUGGUUGUAUUGAAAAAGGGUGGCUCCGCAAACGAAACGAACCAUUGCCGUUAUUUUGCCACGAGCUGCCACUACCCAAGAGAAACUUAGUCAAGGUAGGUCCAUGUUUAAGUAAGAUCUAUUUGAUUGCUAUAUGCAGAGACAUUGGGUGACAGUAAGUACAUAUUUGAAUUCUCUGGAACUGGAUUGUGUCUUAGAUACUAAGUGCACAUACGAACUCGUUAACAGUGAGGACGUAUCAUGCGUGACAGAACAAUAGUUAUGGCCCACGUUAUGGCGCAUCUUCAGUUAUGGAACACCAGGAAUAUUAGGCAUGUUAAUGUAAUACUAUAAAUAAACCCGCCAAACAUUGGCGACAGAACUGCGUGACCUUCCCAUCUACUAAAAUUACUUGGCACAACAUGCAUUCAAGCAACGCAUUUUUUUAAAAAGCACCAAUUAAUGUUACCUUUUGGGACUUUUACUUGUUGCGCCUAUUGAACACAAAAUUAGAACGAUUAAUACAUACAUAUCUAGAGAAUUAUUUUAAGUGAUAGUUGCUAUUGUUGUUGUUAUUCGUCCGUCGAAGUCGGCAAUUACCAUCGAGACACCCGGUUAGGGGGAGGUUGGGUUUCGGUGAGCUCGUUGGUGGCUUGCUAGACCGAUCCGUGCUCGGAAUAAUCUCUGGCACCGCGGGCAGGGGAUAGCUGCUGCAGACGGUGACCUAAUGUUGCUCUUUCGGGCAAGCCUGCGUGUCUCAGCUGUGGUUAUCCUAUUAGCUUCAUGGGAUUUAGCCCCCUUCUUGACAGCUGCUCUCCACCUGGCUCUGUCCUGGGCUGUCUGCACCGAUUGAGGAGGGUUGAUACUGAAGGCCUUUAUUGGCACUUUCAGUGAGUCUUUGUAACGUUUUUUUUUACCUCAUUGGGAGCGCUUGCCUAUUGUGAGUUCUCCGAAGAAAUCUGUUUUGGGAGCCGGUGGUCUUCCAUACGGGCUAAGUGCCCCAUCCAACGGAGUUGAGACUGCAUCAGGUUGGUGAAGAUACUAGGUAGGUUCACUCUAGCGAGGACCUCUGUGUCAGGGACUUUGUCUUGCAACCUGAUGCCGAGGAGUUUCCUGAGGCAGGUUGUUUGAAAGUGAUUCAGUUUCUUGGCGUGACGCUGGUAGACUAUCCACGUUUCACAUCCGUAGAGCAAUGUCGAGAGGACUGCUGCGCUAUAGACCUUGAUCUUCGUUACUCGUCUGAUACCUCUCCUGCUGCGGAGCCUUCCAAAUGUGGCACUAGCUUUUGCGAGUCUGCCAUUCAUUUCAUCAUCCAUGACGACAGAUCUGGAGAGGGUGCUGCCCGAGUAAGUAAAUUUAUCCACCGGGUUGAGACGCUGCCCGCUGAUGAUGAUGUUGGGUUCAACGUAGGGCUAACUUGGAGCUGGCUGAUACAACACCCCAGUCUUAUUUAUGAUAGUAUACAUUCGAUGGAUCACAUGAUUUAUAAUUCAAUCAACGUUUCUAUGUCUUUUUUUUUUUUAAAUUCAUUUUAAAUCGGAUUCUUUUUUUAAAAAUCAAAAAUCUUUAUACAUUUUGGGUCGGUUGUUCCUGUUAAGAUGCUCAUCAUACUUUGUUUCACAUGAGACAUGGUAAAAGAUGUACUGCAAACCUCCAAUUGUCCCGGAAGAAGUUGGGUUAAUUUUGCUAGUACAGUCCCAUGUUUGACUGCAAGACCAUUUUUUUUAAAUUGACGUCGAAAAAAAAUGGUUACAGCACGACUCAUCAGAUGAAAAAAAAAAAAAAAAUUAAAAUAAAAUUUUAAAAAUUUUUUUUAUAUAAAAAAAAAAAAAAAAAAAAAAAGUAAAAUAAAAUUUUAAAAAAUUCCUUAGAAUAGAAAGAAAAAAAUCUCUAUAAAGAAAGAGUAUUACACCAUUUGUUUACACGUUGUUUACCAGUUGUUUACCAGUUGUUUACCAGUUGUUUACCAGUGGUUUUUGGUUUUUUUUUUUACAAAGGUAUAAAACAAGGGGCCGACCGUUAAGUGUGCUCAAGUUUUAGCGUGAUUUGUCUUACCUGAUUAUACUUCUUUGGCAUCCAAUUCACAACAUCAUGUGAACUCUGACCUGCGCACGUUGUAGAUCCGGGUCUUUACCCCCCUCCUCCCCCCUCCCCUUCCCGCUCCCCGUUUCUUGCUUAGCAUCUCUUUAUUCUUCGCAUGUCAUCUGCAUUUGGUUGACACCAUAUUGACAUUCAAUUUGAAUACGGUAAUAAACACCUCAGUGAAGCGAUACCUCAAUGAGAAAGUAACACUGCGCAGCUCGAGUGCGCGUCUGCAUCAACUAUUUUCGCUGUACAGAUGAAAGCUGGGGGUGAAGAGGGUUAUGGGGGAUUUGGGGGGGGGGGGCAGACGUUUGCUGGGAAAUGCCUGCUGCGACGACAGAAAGCUGUGCGGGUAAACUACUGGAUAUACUGGAUUAAUGUUGAGUUAAUCCACAUCUUCAUGGAGUGAUCACGCUGUACAGAUGAAAGCUGGGGGUGAAGAGGGUUAUGGGGGAUUUGGGGGGGGGGGGCAGACGUUUGCUGAGAAAUGCCUGCUGCGACGAUAGAAAGCUGUGCGGGUAAACUACUGGAUAUACUGGAUUAAUGUUGAGUUAAUCCACAUCUUCAUGGAGUGAUCAGAUGGGUACAUGAGAUGGGACGGGAGAGGUGGAGGAGUCUCUAUUAAGAAAUACUUGAGACAAUAUAGUGUAAUAUCAGUUUGUUUCCAUAAGAAUGAAACACAAAAUUACGUUAAUUUCACACCAGAAUGUAAAUUUUAUCAAUUAAUCAUUCUCUGUUUCUAUGUUCCAUUUUUAACGUUGUUGACUGGGACAUUGUGCAUGUGUUGAGCAAGAAAUCCACCCUAGACAUGCAGAAACAUCGACCCAGCCAUGAGACGCUUUCAAAUAUGGAUGUUGACUGUGAGACAUUGUUCAUGUGACUGUGAGACAUUGUUCAUGUGACCGUGAGACAUUGUUCAUGUGACUGUGAGACAUUGUUCAUGCGACUGUGAGACAUCGUUCAUGUGACCGUGAGACAUUGUUCAUGUGACUGUGAGACAUUGUUCAUGUGACCGUGAGACAUUGUUCAUCUGACUGUCAGACAUUGUUCCUGUGGCCGUGAGACAUUGUUCAUGUGACUGUGAGACAUUGUUCAUGUGGCUUUGAGACAUUGUUCGUUUGUUAAGCAUCACAUCCUCCUCCCCCCUCUCCCCCAUCUCCCCCCCCCCAUAGACGUGCAGAAAUAUCGACCCAGCCAUGAGACUAUUUCAAAUAUGGUUUUGCGUAAAGAACUUUAAAUCAAACCUAGAUGCAUGAGCCAAAUAUCUAUUUUGACGAGCCCACGGGCAAAUCUGCAAAUUAAGAGGAAAGUAUAAAACAAUGAUGUUUCAGCCGUUGUAGAAUGAAAUCUACUGAACCUAGGAAUGUGGAUAGGUUCCCCGUAUGCCUUUCUGUCGGUGUGGGUUAGGGUUCCAUUUAAAUCAAUCUCCAUCAAAAAUUUUACACCGAGAAAAUUUGUUUUUUUAAUGAUUGCAAAAGGGAUUUAUAUUUUCCAGAGAAAUAAAUGCGAUGUCUUUAUCUUACUUUGACGUUACCGACCACGUCCUAAACACGCGGACGUCCCCAUCGUUGUUUCCGUCUGCCCAUCGCAGACGUUGAGGGAUACGGGGGGAAAAAAAAUGGAAGCUCGCUUUCAGACGUGAGUCAUCAAAAUUUUAGGCAUUGACGAAAAUUGUGGGAGGCUAUAAUACGUCAGAAUGGGCUUUGGGUUUCUUCUUAUUUUAAAGAAGGGGAUUUUGAUGAUGCAUAGUGUAGAUUUUUAUUAAAACUUCCUUAGGGCCACACCAGUGGUCGGCACAUCGCGACUUAGCGGCCUUAGUUCGGCUCGACCAGACGGCAACAAAUCGGUUUUGACUCCGAAAAACUUAGUUCUUGGCAGGCUCUUGAAGAGAAAUUAUGGCUCUUAAAUGUUUUUUUAAAAACCUCCUGCUUCUUAUUUUUUGGCUCUUUUGACUAAUGCGUUUUCCGACCACUGGGCUAUAGAUCAUAUCUGAAAUGUUAUGGGGGUUGAAGCGAAUAUAGUGACGUAGCCAUUUAGCCAUUCUAUGACCUUGACCCUCGUCCAAAAACUGCGUCGUUUCAGUUGUGUUGCCUCGCGCGCGUGUGUCACGAGAAGCGGGUCGACCGUACGUUGUGCUCUCCGAAGAUGAAAAGCGGUCAUCCUGGCGUGACGUUGCUCAUCGUAGUUUCAGAGCGUUUAGAUCUUCAGCACUGUAGACUCAGUCGCCGUUGAGAUAUUUACCUGAGGGUCAUAUUUCACAUCCUUCAACCCGCCUAACUCCACUUCUUCCUCCUUCUCCAUCUCCUCCCCAUCCCAUCUCCUCUCUUUAUCUCCCACCAAUGUUGAACAUCGGCAAAUAGAUUUUUUUUUAAAAUAAAAAAGGGCCCCCCCCCCCCCCAAACGAAUCUGUUUGUCUACUUAAAUGGGUACGUUCUUAAGGAGUGUGUGGAAUCCGGUCUAAUAUACACGGAUUCUCAAACCCCCGCUCGUCGAGCAAACCCUUUUUCACAGACUGUACCCUCCGUACAAUAGUUAGAUUACUGCCUAUCGUAUGCAUGUUUCGUCUGAGAGCUUUUGAAACAAUGCGACACACUUUUGGACGCUUGAGGUGACAAUGCAGACAUUGAGGUAAGAAUACCGACGUUGAAGUAAGACUACAGACAUCGGGGUAAGAAUACGGACAUUGAAGUAAGACUACAGAGAUUGAGGUAAGAAUACAGACACUGAAGUAAGAAUACAGACAUUCAGGUAAUAAUACAGACAUUAUAGUGGGGUAAGAAUACUGACAUUGAAGUAAGAAUACAGAUACUUUUACACGUUAAGAUGUGGCUAUUUAUUUAUUUAUUUAUUUAGGCAUUUUUAUAUAGCGCUUAUCAUAAAGCUCUAAGCGCUUUACAAUUAUUAAAACAUGUAAACUAAGUAAAUACAAAUGAGACACUAGGAUAGUAACUACUAUUCUAUAGAAACAAUGAAAAUGGCUAUAAAAAGAGGACACUUUGACACUUCAGGAUUAAACCGAAACAGAAAAUUAGGUAGGGCAAGGAGGGUGCAUCACAGGUCAUAGGCGGACCUAAACAGAUGAGUUUUAAGGGACUUUUUGAAAAUGGACGAGGUUUCACUAUGACGUAUAUGGAAGGGGAGCUGGUUCCAGAACGUGGGCCCAUGGAAGCAGAAGGAGCGUUCACCGAUGGUCUUAGUUUUAGUUCUUGGGAUUGAGAGGGUUCUACUGUCAAUGAGUCCUGUUGUAAACUUGCUUCCCAAGAAGUGUACAUGUUAAAGGUAGGGAAACGGUUCCCAAAUGUUUACAACAAAUCAAUUAAAUUUAAAAAGCAAAGAGAAUUCACCGGAUCUUAGUAUUUUAGUUGGCGUAAUUUACGUCAUAAAAUGUCUUCUAAGGUGUGUUUUUUUUUUCCAUCCAAGUAUAUUUUUGUCAAACUGCAAUAUAUUAUAGGAACCUUAACUGUAUCCCCAAAUUAUUGUUUCUUAAUCUCCUUACCGUCUCGUAUGCACAUAAGCAUAUGCAGUAAGAAUAAUAUGUUAGAUCAAGACAUUUCAUACGAACUACACACAUCUCUCUGCACUGCGGUCUGGUUUUUUCAUUAUUUUUUUAAAUAUAUUUUUUGUAAUAUUUUCUGUUUUUAAAUGUUUCUUUAAUGCUAUUAUUUUUAGGCUAAUUUCAGUUUGUGCCGACUCCUAAGUGUUAAAAAUUCACUAAUUUUAUUCACGAGCGAUCGGUAUUAGCCCUUGUGUUCCACCACAGUUGGGAUUGCAGAGCAUGAGACUAAGAUCAGCGGAAGCAGAACGUGUAAUCUUGUAGACAUUUCAUUACUCUGUUAGUGAGUAAAGAUUGAUCACAGGGAGUGUCCAGACUGCUCAGAUGGAAAGGUCUUUACAUUCACGCAGUGUGUAAGUCAUUGAAACAUGAACGUCGUGAAUAUUAUCAUUUGAAACAUUAUCUUAUCGGCUUUGAUCUUUCCUUUUUUUUCAGAAAACGUUAAAAAGAAAAAGAAAAAUAUUUUUUUUUGCAACUGAAAGAGAAAAGAAGUUUUAACGCUAAAUACAAUUCUAAUUAAUAAAAUAAAUAUAUUUAAGAUAAUAAACAAAAGAACACUAAAAAAAUAACGGAAAUAAUCAGUAAUCUAUAGUGAAACGAAACUAAGUAAAAAACAAAUCUUUAAAAAGGAAACAACCCCAGCUCUAAUUGAACCAACGCAAUUUAGAAUCAAGGCAAUACGAAUCGAUAACUAAAAGCGGAACAUCACGCACCAGAAAAGAAUGUCGCUGAAAAUGCUGAUUAGUUUCACGGCCCUGCUGACGACUGUGGUUGCCUCUGACCUGAACAUCAACAGCUACCUGGGCUCCGACGGGAGGUCUUACUUUACAACACCUUUGUACUGCAACUACAGUGGGUGAGUUGGAGGUGUUGAGCAAGGGUGCUUUAAAAUAAUGUUCGAUUGGUUUCCAGUGGGGUGGAUUUGUUUGUUUGAAUACAGAUCGUAACGCUUGAUUGUGGAUUUGUUUGUGGGAUCUGUAGAGUUUGUGAGAUCCAUAGAGUUUGUGGGAUCCAUAGAGUUUGUGGGAUCCAUUGAGCUUGUGGGAUCCAUUGAGUUUGUGGGAUCCAUUGAGCUUGUGGGAUCCAUAGAGUUUGUGGGAUCCAUAGAGUUUUUGCGAUCCAUAGAGUUUGUGGGAUUCAUAGAGUUUGUGCGAUCCAUAGAAUUUUUGGGAUCCAUAGAGUUUGUGCGAUCCAUAGAGUUUUUUGUACAUACAUUUUACGAGUUUGUCGGAUUCACAGAGUUUGUGGGAAAAAGAGUUUGUGGGAACCAUACAUUUUGUGGGAUAGAUUUUGUGGAAUGCAUAAAGUUUGUGGGACAUAAAGUUUGUGGGACACAAAGUUUGUGGGGACCCAAGAAUCUAUUAAUCGAUUUUAUAUUAUCUUUAAACGGAAAAAAAAUUGUUUUGAAACUCGAACGAUUUGAAAUUUGAACUCCCUUCUUUAACGGAUUAAGUUCAGGACCCGAGGCCCCCCACUGCAAAUGUCCAUGCAUCCCAGUGUCUUGUGGCAAGCUGGUGUUUAAGCGUGGACAUGCUUUACAACCAAGUGACGUAUUCAACUUUGAUCUUUUUAACAAAAAAAAAAAAUAACACAAAGCUAAAAUGAAACUAAUCCUAACUGGUCUCCGGCGGGUUUCCUCCCCAGGAGUUUGCUCCUGACGACCUACUACAACAACCUGAGGAAGACCUACACGACACGCUCGGACAGGAACUGCUGCUACUUGUCAGAUUCAAGGAACCAGUGUUGUGUCGACGGUGAGUAAACGAGGGGGGGGGGGAACAGUGGGACAAUAUGUAUUUAGGCUUGAAAUUAAAAGGCAGGAAAUUUAAAAGGAUAAAGGUGGAAGGGGGACAUCAUAAAUACAAUGUCUAAUCAAGGGGUACGGGGGAAAAAAUUUUGUGAACCGAUGACUUGACAACCACUGGUUUGGAGUAGUUCUUAAACCAUUUUGGUUAUUUCGAAUUCCGGUAGGUUGCGGUAAUUAUAUUGGCACAAAGCUGGAUUAAAUAUAUAUUUUAUUUCUUCAUGACAAGUGGAGAUGUUACUUAGAACUUUAGGCAUCAUCAGAGAGAGGCAGGGAUGUUUAGAAGACUCUCUGGCUUGUCGGCAGGUAUCAUUUGGAGUCAUGACAACUGAUUAGGGGUUCUCAAAGUCUGGCAGUCAGCCCCAAAAAAUUUGAGUACUCCUGCUCUAGUUUGAUGUACCAGUACCUUUCUUGCGGAGGUGGGUCCUCGGAAAUGUAGAAAGUGGUCCCCCCCCCCCCUUAUUGUUAUGGUGGACUAGCGGACUGGACCGUACCGAUAGCCAUCCAGGGCAAACGGCGCGCAUGCGCGGAGACACUAUAGCGAGAGUGAUUGUUUAUGAAAAAAUUUGAGUACUCCUGCUCUAGUUUGAUGGACCAGUACCUUUCUUGCGGAGGUGGGUCCUCGGAAAUGUAGAAAGUGGGCCCCCCCCCCCCUUAUUGUUAUGGUGGACUAGCGGACUGGACCGUACCGAUAGCCAUCCAGGGCAAACGGCGCGCAUGCGCGGAGACACUAUAGCGAGAGUGAUUGUUUAUGAACCGUGUUCCAGACACAAGCAGAACGCCAACACCUGAUUGAGAACGUGUAUUUAUGUAUAUAUAUAUAUAUGUUUAUGUUACUUGUUUGAAAUAAAUACAAUGGAAACAUAUCACCUAUAUAUAAUGCAGAAGCUUCCUAGUUUGAGAAAAUGUGGAAUCUCUUCAUCCCCUUAACAGCAGAAGGGCGAGGCUCAAGGCCUAAAGCCUUUAUGGUGACAUUUUAUGAAUCUUCACCGGGGAUCAUUAAUACAUACGUUAGUGGCAAUUCUGAGCCACAUGCGACUCUUUGAAUGAACUAUUGCGCCUCUGUUUAUUCUGAUCUAUGAUGACCUACAGGUCACAAACUAUUUUAUCACCAGCUGGGGAAACGCAAAAACGAAAAAAAAAGUUUAUGUGUGUAAAGUGUGGGAAGAGGUGCAUCAUCUCUAUUAGUGAUUCCAGAUGGCGCUCAAUGUAUCCACCAACGCUAAGUUGCAUUUUUUUUUCUUUUCCUUCGUGCAUUUGGUCCGUACGUUAUCAAGCCCAGGACGGGAGAAAGCAUCGAAUGAGAGCGCAGCAGGGGGCGAAAUGAGAGCGGUGGCAGACGAGAAAGAUCCACUCGAGACUUAUUAUUAUUAUAGAUAGUAAUAAUUCUAAAAAAGGGUCUAGCUUUAAAAAGGGUUCCGACCACUCUGUUAGACUGUUAGAGAUGUGCAGAAAAAGAUGAAGAUAAACAUUUUUUUUAACGUGUGAUAAUUUCUCAUGAUGACUUAAGUUCUAAUACUUCCAUACCCAGGUGAUGCCGGUAUAGUUCAGCAAUGUCGCUGCAGCCCCUCUGUUACCUGUGGCCUCGAGCCUCGCCUUGAAACUACCACCCCAGCCCCAGCUACGACCACCACCACGUCGACGACAACAACCACACCAACGACAACAACAACGACAACGCCAACCACCACCACAACGGCAACAACGACCACUACAAGCACCCCCACCACCACCCCAACCACCACGACCACACCAACUACCACAGUCCCGCCAUCUCGUGAGUACCGACUGUUCAAUGUCUGUUACCAUGUCUAUAUACAAAUAAUUGAUGUGUUAAAAAUAUUAAUGUGUCUAGACCUCAGAAGUAAUUUUUUAGACCUAAAUAGUUCUCUCCCGUUAAGAGGGUGCUGUUUUUUUUUUGUUGGGGGGGGGGGGAGAGGUGGGGCUGAAGUGGAAGAAGAUUCCCUGUAGUCAAAUUAAGGAUUUAAAAUGGUUUACUACUUCCUACGUAAUCCAAUGGACAUAAAAGAUGGUAAAGAAUUUAAUUUUAAUUAUUUUUUUUUAAAAAAGGACUCCGUAGUCAUAAUAUAAAUUGAAAGUUUAACGUAGGCCAAAUAAAAAGUAGUAGCUAUUCUUAAUUAAGUGUUCUUUCCUAGAUAUAUCUACAAUGUGUUAAAAGAAUUUAAAAAAUCUCUAGGGAAAUACAAGAUGAAAUUUUCACACGACAUAACGUAAAUUUAAUCAACGGUCACAACCCCACCCCCACCCCCCGCCCUCAAAACCUCCUUUUUUUUCCUACUCUAGUAUGCCAAUCAGCUUUCCGCGUCCUGAAUGGAGUCCCCGUCAGCAACGACUGCGCCUUCUCCGGCAUCUCAAACAUCACAAUACUGCCUUCCGGUCGCGUCACGUGCAACGCCGUCCUCACCACGGCGACCGUCAACGGCGUCCUCAGGAAAACCUUCAUGACAACUUCCAUGUGUAAAGGUGCGAUUCUCAGCGCUUUCAGCAGCAAUAACAGGUACGCGAAACUAGACAGCUUCCAUGUGUAAGAGUCUGGUUCUUGGCGCUUUCAGCAGCAAUGCCAGGUACGCGAAACUAAACAGCUUCCGUGUGUAAGAGUGUGGUUCUUGGCGCUUUCAACAGCAAUGCCAGGUACGCGAAACUAAACAGCUUCCGUGUGUAAGAGUCUGGUUCUUGGCGCUUUCAACAGCAAUGCCAGGUAUGCGAAACUAAACAGCUUCCGUGUGUAAGAGUCUGGUUCUUGGCGCUUUCAACAGCAAUGCCAGGUACGCGAAACUAAACAGCUUCCGUGUGUAAGAGUCUGGUUCUCGGCGCUUUCAACAGCAAUGCCAGGUACGCGAAACUAAACAGCUUCCGUGUGUAAGAGUCUGGUUCUCGGCGCUUUCAACAGCAAUGCCAGGUACGCGAAACUAAACAGCUUCCGUGUGUAAGAGUCUGGUUCUCGGCGCUUUCAACAGCAAUGCCAGGUACGCGAAACUAGACCACUACAACUAAACGCCGACCGACCUGAAUAUGAAGAAAGAAUUUUUGAUCAUUUAUGAAAUUAAUAUAUACGAUAAUUUACACGUUGGUGACUUGUAAAAUCUCUAAUCUGUUUUAAUUUGUCUAUCCAUCUGGGAUGCAUGAGCUCUGCAGUAUCUUGAAAGCGUUCCCCAGGUGCAGAUUAACAGACGGAUUGACAGAUAAGUGAAGAUAAACGGCGAAAAAAUAAAAAUAAUUCGAAACAACAUUUUCACCUCAAGGUAUUGCAUGGAACUGUAGUUUUUAGAGAAUGUGAAAAUAACAUUUUCCUUUCAGUUUGCCUUUUCAUCUUACAUCUCCCUAAAGGGAGAAAAAAACAACCUUUCAACAUAAUUUUAAGGAUCCGAUGACGGAUUCAAUGUAAAAAAUUUACCAGAGUAAUCUUUUGCAAACCAGCAAUGAGCUCACAACCAUUUUGUAGCGUUCUCUUGGACGCAAUCAGAAUUUUUAUUUUUUAAAUUCAUUCUCGUAUUUUCAUUCUUUCGGGUUCAUAUGCCUUAGCCUUUGCUCCCACUGAUCGCAGUCUUCUUCUUCCUAUAUUUGAGGGCCUACGAUCAAUUUAUUGAUUAUUCUGGCUCCUGGUUUGAAUGUAGAGUUUGCAGAGAACUCAAUCUUCCCAUUGCUAUAUGAUUAACCCUUUUUUUCCCGGCUAUUUUCACGAGAUCUGCUCGAUAAAUAACAAACUGGACACGUUUUUACUAAAUGUAACUAAUUAUUGAGUUUUUAACUAUUUUUUAAAAUGUUUGUUUGGUGGUUUUAACAAAUAAACAAGCAAACAAACAAUGUAUUUUAAAAAUAAAUAAAUAAUGCCGGAAAAAUGAAUGUGAGAAGAGUGUGCAAAAAUGCCGCAGCCAUGAAACCAAGUUCAGUUAAGUAAAUGGAAAUUCGGUCGAUAGCAACAAUCAAUCGUGUGGCUUCUUUGAUGACUUCUAUUGCCUUAUGUGAGAUUCCUUGAAGUCGAUUUAUCCCCUAUCCUAAGCAGAGCCAUCACGUGACUUUUGCAGGCAUCCUGCCAGAUUUUAGCCUUAUCCCACCCCCUCCCAACCAAAUAAUCUGAGGUCCCCUGUUACUGCCGGGGUUUUGCAAGACGCACGCGACUGCUCUCACCCCAAGGAGAGGAGAUGGAUGGAAAACUAACUCCGAAUUUGAAGUAUAUGGCAUUUAUUAUGUGUGUGAUAGAAUGCAUAGCUGAUACAAAUAGAAAGAAUUGAGUAGUUUUAUAUUGUUUAUGCCAGAUAGUAUUCCUUUAGCGAAUUUUUGUGUUCCUUUUUAUUUUCAGUGCCGAGAUUUCUAUUGGACAGCAAAAUUACCCCGUGAUGGCUCCCUUGUUCAACAUGACAGAUGGUAAAAUAUUCUAAAUCUAUACUUAUACAUUUAAUUCUUUUUUUUUUUUUUAAAUGUCAUUCAUGAGAUUUUUGUACAUCACCAGUAAACUAUUUAGAACAGUAUGUUUCCGCAUAUGGUGUGUUCCAAUUAUCGGAACAGUGAUGUGGUCCAGUUGUUUGGUCGAAGGAUGAAAGCUAGUUAUAACCGAUAGAAAUUAAACCAUAUUAUAUUUAAAAGUGGGCUUAGAUUUAGAACUUCGGUCUUGAAACCAUGGUAAUUAUACAUUUCAAAAACAAAACAACAACAACAUCUAAGUACUCAGAAAUGUAUGUAUCAAGAAUAUGGCAGCACGUUUAGAAAGAUCUUUGAACAUAAUUAUGUUCUUCUAGGAACCAAUGGAAUCGCUUACAUCACCAUCAACGACCGCUACAUCAAUCUGCUUGGCUACCUGAGCACUUGCCAGAACACGGCCUGCUCUUACAACGCAGCCACCAUGAGCGGCAAAGUGGAUUUCAACGACUGCAAGGUGGUCAGUUGGGGCUCCAGCAACUACAGUGAGUCAACUGGUCGAGGCAGAAUGAAUCGGGGCGCUUCUAGAAGCAGGGUUGGGGGGGGGGCUUUAAAUAAAUUCCCAGAGGUUCUCAACGGAUGUCAGCAUGGGCGUUGUCCAACUGAUAUUUUGGACCCCAGGCUUUACGCUUUAUACGAGGUUCUUAAAAGAAUUAGUUAUAAAGAAGAACGAGCGUUAACGAGUAAGCGAACACUUACAUUUUUUUAGAGGAAACUGUGGUUGUGGUAUGGUGAUUCAUUUCAGCGCUUUCAGUCACCAUAAAAGAUUAAGGGAUUUUAUAAGCGCAUUUUAAAAUUGUUAAGUUCUGGUUGAUUUUAAAAAUUUGUGUGACUAUUAUUGUCUGUUAGUUUGCUAACAUGGAAAGAAAACGUCUUCGCGAAACAUUACGUUUCGAAUAUAAUACUGUUUUAAAGUAAUCUUAAAAUAAAACUCAACUUGCGUAUUUAUUUAGACUUUUGACUCUUCGCAGGGGCGUAGUCCAAAUGAUAUUUUGGGCCCCAGGUUUUGCGCCUUAUAGGGCAAUUCCAUCUAAUCUCUUAUGACAUCUCAUCCUAUACUGUUUUUUUUUACUAUUUCAAUUGGCAUACGGCACAAAUGAUAGACAUAAAUCCAUAUAUAAACAAGUCCAUGUAUACACAAGUCCGUAGCCCAAGUUCAUUUAUACACAAGUUCAUGUUUACCAAAGUCCAUUGAUAAACAAGUCCAUGUAUACACACAUCCAUUUAUACACAGGUCCAUGUAUACACCAGACCAUUUCAUUUCUUCAGUUUACUAUUUCAGUCGUAACUUGCACCACUCAAUGACACUCUACUUGCAGUGACUCUUGGUCAGUCUGGCCUAUACGAGACAGCGGUCAAGAUGACCCCCUCAGGGUGCACGUCCAUUGCAAACCUCUUCGGGGUGACCGCGCCAUUGUGCUUCACGACAAUCAGUGGCCAGAACUUGUUUUGCUCGGUAAGUCCCACUCCCCUCCCCCCUCCCCCCUCACCCUCAUUUAAUAUAUCAAAACACAGCUUUGCUCAUCCAAAACCCCAGAUAAGACAUAUCUUACCUUUCCCUCAAACGCAUUUUAAGUUACCUGAAUUCAUUGUUUGUAAUCAUUUUUUUUUAACACACUUACCGAUUACGAUUCCAGGUUUUUUUAUGAGUGUAUGUUUUUUGUUUUUUUUUUCAAAUGAUGAACUGGUUUAUCUUCUUCCCCCCCCCCCUGUCAAAACAGGGAGACAGCGGGGCGCCAACCUACUGCAGGGCGCCAAGCAACGGCGAGUGGAUCCUUGUCGGCGUCCUUGCUUUUCAGGCCAAGUGCAAUGCCAGUCCAGAGGUGAAGGUCAUUCCUUACCCAAGCUAAAUCAAAUCUGCCCCACCCCCCUCGCACACACACACACACACGGAGCUGCGUGUUUUCAUCUAGCCUCUUCCUGAGUGUUGACAUACGGGACAUCUCGGUCCCUUGGUUGUUUGGUCUCGCCACUGUGGUCUCUGAUCCCCUGUCGCGCUUUGCUUUCGGUAGAAAUAAAAUUCGAAAAAAACACCAAACUGAAAUUCUGUUUUACUUUGUAUUGUAAUCAAAUUAAUUAUAUGGUAAAAAAAAAUAUUAAAAGAACUGUAAUGUUAUAGCUAGGGCCGGGCUUAAAUAUGUUUGCGCUCCAGGCAGUUGUACAAUUUUUGCGCCCCUGCCGCCUACACAUUUUCAGGUUGAUAUAAAGUGUUGACUAAUUUUUAAUUAAAAAAAAAAAAAUAUCUUAUUCUGACACCUAAUUAUGGGCGAUGAAAGAGAAAUAUUAUCUAGAUAAUAUAUAUUGAAUUGAACAUUAAAAAUUAAUGUGCUUGAAAUUAAAAUGGCUUUAUUUUUUAUUUUUUUAAAAAAAAAGGGUGUAGCCCGAGGGUGCUGUUUAUAAAGUACGUCCGCAAGAAUGACCUCUCUCCCCACCCCCUUUUUGUGUUUGUUUGCACUCUUUUGAAAGAUCC